GAAUCUCAUCGUGAAGUGACAGGAGCUUUCGAAGAUACAAUAAACAAUUGAUAAUUCUCUUUUUAAUCACUCAAUAUGGCCGAAUGUGCGCGAGAGGCCGAGUUACAAUGACAGGAACAGAAACAGAAACAGAAACGAAAGUGAAACCCUCUGAAUCAAAUGACUUUCUGUUUUGACAGAGCAACCAAACGCAAAACUCCGUUGAAAGAAAAUGGCUCAGGCUGAUAUUGACGAGGGAUUAUAUUCUCGACAGCUGUAUGUGAUUGACCAUGAUGCAAUGCGUCGCAUGGGAAAGGCUGAUGUCCUUAUUGCUGGAAUGCGAGGUCUUGGCGUGGAAAUUGCCAAGAAUGUGAUUCUGGCUGGAGUUCGAUCAGUCACCGUUCAGGAUGAGGGUGUGGUGGAGUGGAGAGAUCUAUCUUCUCAGUUUUACCUGAAAGAAGCUGAUCUGGGUCAGAACAGGGCCUUGUGUUCUGAGAAGCAGCUCUCUAGUCUGAACGUCUAUGUUCGAGUGUCUGCCUGGACUAACAAACUCAACGAGGACUUCCUCAGCAAGUUCCAGGUGGUGGUGCUCACAAAUUCACCUUUAGAAGAGCAGCUGCGUGUGGGAAAGUUUUGUCACUCAAACAAUAUAAAGUUUAUUGUGGCUGACACCAGAGGACUUUGUGGGCAGUUGUUCUGCGACUUUGGCGAAUCGUUUGAGGUCCAGGACACAAAUGGAGAAACUCCAGUCUCAGCCAUGAUAGCUCAUAUCAGCAAGGAGAAUCCAGGCGUAGUGACAUGCACAGAUGAAGAGAGUCAUGAGUUCACAGAUGGCAUGUUUGUGACUUUUUCUGAGGUUCAAGGCAUGACCGAACUCAACAGUCAUGGUCCCGUUGAGAUCAAAGUGCGGGACAACUACUCCUUCACUAUUUGUGACACUUCAAACUUUUCCGAGUAUGUGAAGGGUGGAGUGGCAACUGAAGUGAAACAGCCUGAAAUCCUCCACUUUAAACCUCUGAAUGUGGCUCUGGAUGAAGCGCUCACAAAUCCUGAGCUUGUGGAGAUGACAGACUAUGGCAAGACACAAAGACACCUGUCUCUGCACCUGGCCUUCCAGGCCCUGCAUAGAUUUACUCAGAAAUACAGCCGGACACCCCAACCUAGAUCCCAGGCUGAUGCUGAAGUGCUGGUUACUAUCACAAAAGAGCUUUGCACAGAAGCAAAGUUUGAUGAGCUUGAUGAAGACGCUGUAAGAAAUUUAUCUCUGGUUGCCAGCGGUGACCUAGCACCUGUCAAUGCCUUCAUUGGAGGGCUGGCUGCUCAGGAGGUGGUGAAGGCGUGCAGUGGUAAAUUCACUCCUCUCAGGCAGUGGCUGUAUUUCGAUGCUCUGGAAUGCCUGCCUAUAGAGGAGGAUGGAGUUGUCCUUACUGAAGACGCCUGUGCUCCUAGAGACAGCCGAUAUGAUGGGCAGAUUGCUGUGUUUGGCUCUGCUUUUCAAGACAAGCUGAAGAAACAGAACUAUUUUCUGGUUGGAGCUGGAGCAAUUGGUUGUGAGCUGCUGAAGAACUUUGCUCUCAUUGGUCUGGGUGCGGGAGAGGGUGGAAAAAUUACUGUAACUGACAUGGACUCCAUUGAGCGAUCGAAUCUGAAUCGACAGUUUCUGUUCCGCUCUCAGGACAUCGGGAGGCUGAAGUCAGAGGUGGCGGCGGAGUCUGUUAAAGAGAUGAACCCUUACAUGAACAUCAUCUCUCACCAGAACCGAGUGUGUGCAGAGACGGAGGAGGUCUACACACAUUCGUUCUAUAGUCACCUUGAUGGCGUAGCAGCUGCGCUAGAUAAUGUGGAUGCACGAGUCUAUCUCGACCAGUGCUGUGUGCGAAACAAAAAGCCCAUGCUGGAGGGAGGAACUCUGGGUAGUAAAGGCCACACUUUGGUGGUAGUACCACAUCUGACUGAAUCGUAUGGACCCUCCACAUCUGGAGGACAGAAAGCCAUUCCCAUCUGCACGCUCAAGAACUUCCCUCACCGUAUAGAGCACACGCUGCAGUGGGCCAGAGACCAGUUUGAAGGACUAUUCAAGCAAACGGCAGAGAAUGUGAACCUCUUUCUCAGUGACCCAACCUAUGUAGAUCGCACAGUCGCCCGUGGAGAUGUGGAGGCUGUGGAAAUGUUGGAGGGCGUCUAUAGGAGUCUGAGCGAGGAAUGGCCUCAGAACUGGACUGACUGUGUCAGCUGGGCCCGCAAACAGUGGGAAACGCUUUACAGCAAUCACAUUAGACAACUACUGCACUGCUUUCCCCCUGGCCAGGUAACAAGCUCUGGACUUCCGUUCUGGAUGGGCGCAAAGAGAUGUCCACAUCCUUUGACCUUUGACACCAACAAUACCACCCAUAUGGACUUCAUUGUGGCAGCGGCCAAUUUAUAUGGCCAGAUCUAUGGGAUUACAGGCUCAAGAAAUCGUGCUGACAUUCAGAGCAUUCUGCAGGGAGUAAAAGUGCCCGAGUUCACCCCUAAAUCUAGUGUAAAGAUAGCAGUGACUGACCAACAGCUGAAAGAGGAAAAUGAGGAGAGAAAAGAGGAAGACAAAGUCAAGCUGGAGAUGUUAAAGGAGAAGCUGUCCAAACUCCAGCUGAAGGACCAAAACUUCCGGAUGCAUCCACAGGAGUUUGAGAAGGAUGAUGACAGUAAUUUCCACAUGGACUAUAUAGUUGCAACAUCCAACCUGAGGGCAGAAAACUAUGAUAUACCAACAGCCGACCGCCACAAGAGCAAGUUAAUUGCUGGCCGCAUCAUUCCAGCAAUUGCCACGACAACAGCUGCGAUCGCUGGACUGAUGUGUUUGGAGCUCUAUAAGCUUGUCCAGGGUCACCGGAAAAUCUCAUCCUACCGCAACGCAUAUGUAAACUUGGCCACCCAAUACUUUGUCCUCUCACAGCCUUGUGUUGCCCCGAACUUUACAGUUGCGGAGCAGCGGUACUCUCUCUGGGACGACUUCCUGGUGCAGGGCCGGCGUGAGGGUCAAACGGAAAUGACCUUGCAGGAACUGCUGGAACACAUUAAGGAAAAGCACAAGUUGAGCAUCACUGGCUUGUAUUAUGGUCCUGCUGUAUUGUACAGCGAUCUCUCCGAUCACACUGAUCGCCUGAAUCUAAGCAUAACUGAUUUGGUACGCUCCGCAACCAAGCGUGAGAUUCCAGAUCACCAGCAGAUGUUGGAGAUCGUUCCGUCGUUUGAAGAGGAUGAGGACUGCCUGACCGUCCCGCCCAUCAGAUACCUCCUCAGGUGAAGCUGGAAAGAAGAGCCUUACAUUUAGGAACAUCACUUUAAGAUGACAACUAUUAAUGUCUUUCUGUUAACUGAGUUUAUUUGCUAAACAGUCAUAAAAAACAUGGGAAAUUUGUGUGGGAAGUUUUUGCAAAUUUGUACACUGCACAAAAUAACUGUUAAAAAAUAAUAAACAUGAUGAAGUUAAAAAAAAAAUAUAUAUAUUGCCAAUACAAAAUAAAUGGAUAUUUAAGAUUCUUACGUAUAAUAACAUUGUGGUAACAUUUUACAAUAAGGUCUCUAACAUCGAAAUUAAAGUGAUCAUAACAUAGAUUUUUUAAAUUAUUAUGUUCCUUGAGGUUCACUUAAAAUAAAGUUUUUUUAACCUUCAUUACAAGUACCUCUUAUAUGUCAAAAGAUCAAGGCAAAUUUGAUUUCUCAGGUCAUGACCUCCUUAACUAACAUUAACUGACGGUGAGCAAUAUAUUUUUGUUUUACAACAUUUAUAGUCUUUGUUAAUGUUAGUUCAUAAAAAUGUAGUUCACAGUUCAAACUAAUGUUAACAGAUACUUUUUGUUUUAAAAAUGCAUUAGUAAAUGCUGAAAUUAACUAAGAUUAAUAAAUGCUAUAGAAGUAUUGUUCAUUCUUAGUUCAUGUUAACUACUGUAGUUAACUAAUUUUAACAAAUGAAACCUUACUCUAAAGUGUUACCAACAUUCCUUUGAAAAAGUGUUAAUAUCCUAUCAAGAAUCUUCUAAAUGCAUCUAGCUAAAGAGAAAACAAGACCAAUAAUAAUUAAGUUUGAAUAUUUUGUAGUUUAUAGCUUUUCUGUUGAUUCUUUCAAACACAUGUGUAUCCUGUAUCAAUACGACCCCUGUGGUUUCUUAAUUCCCGCCCUCAUCCCAUUGUUAUGCAGCCAUGACCACCCACCCCUCACUUCACCAUUAUCAUGUAUGAAAACAAUUCCAGACCAGAGCCAAAGACCCAAAUGAGCUGCGUCUGCUCCAGUUAAUUUAAUCACCUUUAGACAUGUUAGUGUGCAUUCGGACCUAAUCACAUUACAGCAGUGAGUUUCAUUCACAAAAAGACUUGACAGCUGGGUCUUUAUCUUUCUGUUGUAUUCUGGUUAUAAUCCUCCAAUUCUAAAAUGGUAUUUAGCCUACUGCAUCUGUCUACAUCUCAUAUCAUUCUGUCAGUAAAGUCUUUUUUAAAGAGAGCAUUCCAUAUUUUAGUCAAUUACUUCCAGUUUCUUCGAAGUGAAGGGUGAUAUUUGCACAAUAUAUGAGAUAUUUGAUGUGUGUUGAAACUAUAAACUGUGAGAUAGAGAUGCAAAUACAGAGAAAAGUUUAAAGUUAUUCAUGCACUGGAUGAAAACCAAAUGAAACUUAGAUUGUCAAACUUAGGAGAGCUAAACAAUAAUAGUGUUGGUUAGCUUUAAAAUAAUGGCAAGACAAACUGUAUUGCUUUGGAAAAGAAUUGCUUAUUCUGAUUUUUUAAAUAAAUGUAACCAUUAAUCAUUGGUGUUAUAUUUCUGCUGCAGCCAAAUAAACAAAAACAAGCUUCUA